UAGCAAAUUUUACAUACACCGUUUUCAACUGCGAAGAAAUGAAAUUUUGGAAUUUUAAUCAAAUUAAGCUGUAAAUACUUGUUAUGGCAUCAGAAUUUGUCAGUCUCCUCAUACCCCGAACAUUAGACAACAGAUACCUGUUGUUGAAUUUCGGGGGUCAAGGUCUGUGGCUGCCUAGUUGCGAUAGAAGCGGGGACGAAUCCCUGAAAAAUGUUGCCACUAAACUUGGCGAACAGGUAACUGGACAGAAAAUUGUAUUGAAAGGAGUGUUAAGAACACAGUUUACCAGAUACCUACACCUUUCUACCAAAAUACAUGUCAUCUUUCUUGCCGCUCCAAUUUCAUCUAUAGAAAAGUGUACAAUAGAUGCUGUGUGGUUGUCGGAGACAGAGAUGGAGCAACAUAUGGAUGGUAUAACACCCUACAUGCUUGGCCCAGAACCUAUCAAAUUUGUAAACCAGGUUAAAGAAGGUUCAGGGUCUGUACCACAGUCUUCACUGAGUGAGACCAGUCUAGAAUAUGUGGACAUAGAUUCAGACUCCUCUCAGAUGACUCCACAAGAAUCCCUUAUCAAGUCCUCAAAACUUGGCAAGAAAGAGCAAGAACUGCUAUUCCAAGAGUUUAUGGAGCAUGUACAUCCUAGUCAUUUCAUGAACAAAUCUGUCUUCACUAAAUACAUGGACUUGAAAGGUGGAAAAGUGGAAAAUAUUGACCAUCUUUUUAGGGCAUUUGAUGUACAUAAAAGGAAGUACCUCUCUUGUAAGGAUGUUUUACUUGGUCUUGCUGCAAUGGAACCUUCGACACAACAUGGAGGAAUGCCUGCAGAGAUGAGAUGUAGAUAUAUAUUCAGAUAUUACGAUAGGAACAUGGAUGGUCAUCUACAGUUCGAUGAGUUUAAGAGGUUGGUGAGUGACAUCAGACAGAGCAAGGGGCUGUCAGUCGACGAUGCUGCUGUAGAGGAAGAUGCUAUGAAUAGUGCCAAAUUAUUCGGAACAGAAACCAAAGACAAACUACCCCUGGCAGAUUUUCUGAGUGCGGUUGGUCAGCUCAAGUUUCGAGGGACCUCAGUUCUGUUUCGCUUGCCACAUUCUUGUACACUCUCAUUAAAAAGUUUGGAAGCAGAUGAGAAUUUAUCAGAUGGUGAUAUGGAACCUCCAUAUAAAAGAUCCCGUCCAAAAAUCACAGAUCCAAUCAGAUCCAACAAAAAGCUGGGAAAUACAGGUCCAGGGCCAAACAAUGAUAUAUUCAAGCACCCAGAAGGUCGGCCUGUUACUGCUGCACAUAGACAACACCGGUAUGAGUUGGCAACACAUACCGUCAAGGUUCGGAGAACUGGUGCACUGCAGGAAGUGAUGGCAAUCUGGGAUUUACAUGGUACUGGAGCUAUAACCAAUACAAGUGUGACACAUUUAGAAGGAGAUAUUUCGAGAUUUCAACGGAUGUCAUCCAUUGAUUCAUUCAACCAGAGAUCUCAUCCAAAUGAAAUGUUAACGGGUCUAAGAUACUUUGAGCGCUCAAUAAAGGGAGAUAAUGGCUCAUUUACAAAGAAUGCUUUUGACUGGGGUCAGGUGGACAAGAAUGCCCUGGCUAAAUGUUUGUUGACCUUGUGCCGACAGGUGAAGGACAUUUUAACUGAAGAACCACGACUGCUCAAACUGAAAUCACCAACAUACAUUCUAGGUGAUAUUCAUGGAAACUACAGAGAUUUGGUUUGUUUUGAGAAAGCGUUAUGGAGGAUGGGCCCUCUCUUAACCCCGGCUUCUUUUCUCUUCCUAGGAGAUUAUGUAGACAGAGGAGAUUUUGGUAUUGAGGUCAUCUCGUACUUAUUUGCCCAGAAGAUUUUAGCACCUACCAAAUUUUUCCUGCUGAGAGGUAACCAUGAAUUACGGAGUGUUCAGGAAAUGUUCUCAUUUAAAACAGAGUGUACGGCCAAGUUUGGAGAUGGUAUAGGAAACCAACUAUGGGAGUCAAUCAAUGAUUGUUUUGAUGUGAUGCCUAUAGCAGCUACAGUAGAUGAAAAGAUAUUCUGUGUACAUGGAGGUAUACCACAGCCAGAGUUAGAUGGAGGUUUUAUUGAUGCCAUUAACAAAGUGCCAAAUCCAUUGAAAAACCCAGAAGAAGAGAGUACACUGGCCUGGGACAUCAUGUGGAGUGAUCCUGUCAGUUUAGAUGUAUUAACCCCAGAGACCAUACAGGAACUGAAGGAUAAUAAAGGUUUUAUUGCAAACACUCGGCGAGGGACGGCACAUUUUUUUAGCUGUGAUGCUUUAUUUGGCUUCCUGGACAGAAAUGGUCUCACGCAUGUUAUUAGGGCUCACGAGGUGCAGGAAGCUGGCUUCCAGGUACAACAGCAGGGCAAGUUACUGACAGUAUUCUCAUCUUCCCAUUACUGCGGUGGCAGCAACGAGGCUGCGUGUGUUCUCGCUGACAACUACAAGUUACGUAUGAUCAGAAUUGACACUACCUGAGAAAACUGAUGUCUCGUCAGUUAGGUUUACGUAACUAUCUGGAACAAAUAACAUGGCCAGUCUGUGAAAAUUAACAUUUUCAUGCUGAGGUAUAACUAGCAAGGCAAAUAAAACCCUUUCAGCCUGGAAUAUCAUUUAGCCAUGAAAAUCAACAGUUUCAGCCUGGGAGAUCAACACUUUCAGCCUGGAAUAUCAUUUUAGCCUGAAAAAUCAGGGAUAUCAUUUUAGCAUGGGAAAUCAACACUCUCAGCCUGGGAUAUCAUUUUAGCUUAGGGAAUCAGCAUAUUCAUACUUUGAUAUCAUUUGAGUGUGGGAAAUCAACAUUUAAGGGCUUGAUAAACAUAAAUAUCUUUUCAGCCUUCGGCAUCAUUUUAGACAUGGAAAUCUAUACUCCCAACUGGUGACAGGAUUUUUGUCUGGGAAAUCAGCAUUUUCAGCAUGUCACAUCAUUCUUCAUGCAUUAAUAUAUUUUUGGUCACAUCUUAAGAAUUCAGCAUAAUGUAUUAAAACUAGGACACCAUUUCUCCCUCAUUUAUAUCACCUCAGUCAGGGUCAGGAUAUCACCAUUUCCAGCCUUAGGCACCAUUUUUAGCAGUUGGCAUCAUUUCAAUCUAAGACAACAUGUUAACUUUGAAAUUAACAUUUCCAGCCAGGGAUAUGAUUUUCCAGCCAGGGAUAUAAUUUGUCCAGAAAAUUGACAUGACCAGCCAGGAAGAUGAUUUUGAGCCUAGUGAACCAAUGGUUUCAGUUUGGAGUAUGAUUUAACAAUAGGAAAUCAACAUUUUCACAUAGGAAUAUAAUUUAGCACCAAGAAAUCAACACUUUUGCUCUGGGAUAUGAUUGAGCACUGUGAAAUUAACAUUUUCACCAGGAAAUAAAUAUUCUCAGCCUUGUGCAUUGCUUUGAGUCGGGACAAAAAAGUUUCCGAGUUUUUGAUAUAACCAAAAAGUAAGUCUGGACAUAAUCAGAAUUAGGAACAGCUGAACAAGUGCAUGGUCAUUGUAAUGUAAUCAUUGUAGUUAGCGAUUUUUCUCUUCUUUCAUAGUAAUACGUGUUGUAGCAUACUAGGCAAUAAAUGCUUCCAUUUAAAACAGUUAAUUACAUUGAAAUGUUCAUUAUUGUUAUAACAUACUUACAUGUAUUUUGAUGGUUGAAGUUUUAGAUUUUGUAAAUAAAAUUAUGAAAUGAGCCGCACCAUGAGAAAACCAACAUAGUGGCUUUGCGACCAGCAUGGUUCCAGACCAGCCUGCACAUCCACGCAGUCUGGUCAGGAUCCAUGCUGUUCGCUAACAGUUACUCUAACUGCAAUAGGCGUUGAAAGCGAACAGCAUGGAUCCAUGCCGGUUGCAAAGCCACUAUGUUGGUUUUCUCAUGGUGUGGUUCAAAUCUUCUUCAAAAGAUACUUUUGUCCUCAUAAAUAUAAAACCAAUUCUCUUGGUAUAUAGGCUAUACAUUUUGCUAUAAGUCCAUUUAUCUACAUUUAAACUGUACGAUAAUUAUUUUAGAUACAAGACAAUUAACCAAAGACCUUGGUUUGAAAUGAUUACAAAAUGUAUCAUAUUAAUAGAAUCAAGUGAUAUUUUUUUUAACUACUUACAUGUAGUAAAUAAUAUACUCAGUUUUGUACUUCAUAUUUUUAAAUUGUUUUUAAUGUUGAUUACAAUGGUAAGUGUCUUGUUAUUUUACAUGUAAAUCUUAUUAGUUGUCUGCAGUUAAAGUAAUAUUGUUCUUUAAUUCUGUGAUAAAUCACAGAUAAUAAUUGCCGUCAUUGUAGAAUGUACUUAAUUUGCAUCUUUUGUUUUACAUUUUGUAGUAGUGUAAUUAUAAAAGUAUGUGCUUGUUGGGAAAACGAAGAUGCCAAAGGACUUCUUCACAAACAGUAUUAUUAGUAUAUUUUUGAUGUCCCUUUCUGAAGUUUAAAUUUCGAAUGAAGACCUGUUUGCUUAUUAUAGAAAUGAACAUACAGGCAAUGAACAUACAAGUGAUGAAUGUAUAAUUAUGUAAUGAACAUAUAGACAAUGAACAUACAAGUGAUGAAUGUAUAUGUAAUGAACAUACAGGUAAUGAACAUUCUGGUAAUGAAUGUACAGGUAAUGGACACAGAGGUAAUGAGCAUACAGGUAAUUGGUGUACAGGCUAUGAACAUAGAGGUAAUGAGCAUACAGGUAAUUGGUGUACAGGCUAUGAACAUAGAGGUAAUGAGCAUCAGAUAAUUAUUGUACAGGUAAUGAACAUACAAGUUUUGAGAACAGUUUCUUAAGUUUUGUGAUUUAUACAUCUUUCUUAAGUGCAAUUUUGCAGUCGUUAAACAGCACAACCAGGAAAGUUAUAUACAUGUACAAGUGCUAUAGUUAGCACUGGUCACAGAAAAUUCAUAUAUGAGCCACGCCAUGAGAAAACCAACAUAGUGCGUUUGCGACCAACAUGGAUCCAGACCAGCCUGUGCAUCCGCGCAGUCUGGUCAGGAUCCAUGCUAUUCGAUUUUAAAUCCUAUUGGAAUUUUGGAGAAACCGUUAGCAAACAGCAUGGAUCCUGACCAGACUGUGCAGAUGCGCAGGCUGGUCUGGAUCCAUGCUGGUCGCAAAGCCACUAUGUUGGUUUUCUCAUGACACGGCUCAUAUGUAAUGUGUAGCAUGCUAGUUUAGCUAAGGGCAAAAUCCUUCUGUUGUUGCAUAUCUUAAUUGAAUCCGAAAUCUAGACUGCUUACAUGAUAUUGAUGAAAUUACUUUUACAGUAAGACAUUUUUCAAAAAUCAUUUUACUGUAGAACAAACAUGUUCAGCUUAAUAUAUUACGUAAAUGCUCAUUGAAUACAGCUUUAUGAUAUAACACUGUUAAAGACUUGUAGCGGGGCCUCCAUGGCCGAGUGGUUAAGGUCGCUGACUUUAAAUCACUUGCCCCUCAUCGAUGUGGGUUCAAGCCUCACUUGGGGCUUUGAAUUCUUCAUGUGAGGAAGCCAUCCAGCUGGCUUGCGGAAGGUUGGUGGUUCUACCCAGGUUCCCACUCGUAAUGAAAUGAGGAAUGGAGGGGCACCCAGGGUCUUCCUCCACCAUCAAACUUGAAAGUCAACAUAUGACUAAUAAUUUAGUCAAUGUGACAUUAAAGCCAACAAAACAAACAAACAAACAAAGACUUGUAGAUUUCAGUCUGGAUGAUGCCCUUAGUAGUUUUAUUUAGUUAAUCUAACAAAAUAGGUCAGUUGACACAUUGUGUACAGGAAAAGUUUAGCAGUAAGGGUCAUUAGUUUAUUAAUAUAUGGUAUUUGUUAUUAACCCUUACCAUGCUGGACACCAUUUUUUACGCCUUUGCGACCAGUGUAGAUCCUGAUCAGCCUUCACAUCCAUGCGGUCUGAUCAUGAUCUGCACUGUUCGCCAUUCAGUCUAUCUUUUUGGUAAGCACCCAUUUUAACAGUUAAUGGUACUGUCCAAAUUAAAAGAUGGACAAGUUCAUCAUAGAAAUUGAGCAGGGUAAGGGUUAAGGCAUAUACACAAGAGUAUGAACAAGAAAAGGGAUGUAUACUUAUGUAAGCUGUAUGUUUUGAUACCAGUAUAAAACUUCAAAUUAAGAAGCUUUGGUUGUGCAAUUAAUCAUUUUGUUCCAAGAGAUCGAAGUGAAGUGGAUAUUUCUGUAUUUUCUGAAGCUGAUUUUUGCAUAAUUAUGACACUAAUUGUGCAGUUUACUAAUUAGUAUCAAAAUCGUUCUUAUUAAUCUUAUUAUCUGUUUGGUUAUGGUUUACAUUCAAGCCAGCUAAGGGAGUAACCCAGUCGGACUGUUUUAGGCAGGUGGUUGCCUAAGACAAGUUCAGCUUAGAAUAAAAAGUCCAUGACUGACUGCUUUAGGCAGGUGACUGCUGAAUACAGGUGACCACUUACACAGAUUAGACAGUAAAUAAAAAUCUGAAAAAUUUUAAACAUGUACAUAUGCAUAUACAUGUCAUCUUGAAGAAAGUAGACCUGUGACGAGACUUUCUAAUUUUGCAAUGCAUUAAACAUGAACUCUAGGACAUAUUGCAUGUUAGAGUGUUUCCUUUAUGGCUUAUUGUUAAAUUGUGUGUUUUAUAUAACCCGGUUUAUAAAUAUUUUUACUCCCAUUGUUUUUAAUCAUAUCAACAUGAUUUGAUUUGUUUUAGAUAUUUUUGUAUAUUUAUGUUAAUCUUUGAAUUUCACCCAAAAAUGAUCAUUGUUAAAUGUUACUAAAAGCGGAUAAUCUUUGUAAAAUGUUGUUGCCACAAAAAGAUUUAACCAGAGAACUAAAUUGAUUAAGUUGCUGAUUAAUAUAUAUGGUGAAAAAAUCUCACUGGCUUAAUUUAUACAAAGUUUGAUGUAAAAAAUAACAAUCUCCAAAAGGUAAGACACAACUCUAACAAAACAUACCUUUAAUUUGAUACCUUUUAAUUGUCCGAUAGUGCUCAGGAAAGAUAGUUACGAGGUAAAAUAGCCGUUUUAUAUUGAUCAAUGUCGUUAGAUUAUAAAUAGAAAACUUUUGCUUAUUUUAAUUCAUUUCACUCUUAAAAUUUGUUGAAUCUGUGAUUAAGAUUUGUUUGAAGUUUGUUGUAUUUCAGUGAAUGAUAACACAUUUACUGCAAAACAGAUAAAACAAUUUGGCAUAAAAUUUUGUUGUUCUGGCAAAAAUGAUUAUUUGCAUUAGUUGCUGAUAAUCUUUUGUUUGUUAUGUAAAGUAAAUGGGCAUUCUUUCUAAUCAAUUUGAUUUUAUAUUGUGGAUUGGCACAACCUCAAACUCCUGAGAAAUGAGACCACCACAAGAAAUAAAGGAAAUGUAUUGGACACAUUAUUAGCAGUAUGGUUAAAGUGGUGCAUUGUGAGAUAAUCCAGCUGUUUUUAAACAGUUGUAAGGGGCUUCUGUGGCCGAGUAGUUAAGUUCGCUGUCUUUGAAUCACUGGCCCCUCAUCGAUGUAGGUUCAAGCUUCACUCGGGGUGUUGAAUUCUUUAUGUGAGGAAGCCAUCCAACGGAAGGUCGCUGGUUCUACCUGCCUGUGGUGAAAUAAUGCAUGGAGGGGCACCUGGUGUCUUCCUCCACCAUCAAAGCUGGAAAGCCGCCAUAUGAUCUGUAAUUGUGUUGGUGCGACAUUAAACCCAACAAAAUAACACCUAAACAGUUGUCUAAAAUUGAAAGUCAUCUACUAUAUAAAGCCCUUCCUUCCACAAUUCAUAAAUAUGAUAACACAAAAAAAUGAAAAAAAUGUCUUUCAGAACUUGGGCACUUUUUUAUCUGCAAGAAUCUUCUAGAAAUCCAAUGAAAAAAAGGUUACUAUUAUAAAAACUUAAAUACUGUUCAUUGUCGCAUUAAAUCGAUGUCUCCGCAUCACAAUAUUAGAACUGCUGAACCAAAAGCUGCCGGUAGUUCUACCAGAGGGGCACUGAAAAUCUUCCUCCACCAUCAAAGCUGGAAAGUCCCCAAAUGAACUGUAAUUGUGUUGGUCUGACAUUAAACCCGACAAAACAAAAAUUCAGUGAACGUCAGAACAAAAUUUGAUUAAUGAAUUGAUGUUACAACUGCUGUUACAGCCUGUCAUAUACAAAAAUUAUGAAGUAUGUCAUUGUUUACAUGUGUUGUCAUGUGUUAUAUUCUAGAAUUUUUAAAGUGUGUUAUUGUUCUGUUUUAUAUGAUGUUUUCUGACAGAAAUAUAUACAUUGUAUAAAUUU